AUGCAGGUUUUCAAAGUAUCUGCUCUCCUGCUUCAGGUUGGAGUCUACAUGGGGAAAAGAGACUUUGUGGACCAUGUUGACUCUGUGGAUCCAGUGGAUGGCGUCGUCAUCAUUGAUCCUGAGGCUCUGCAGGGGAGGAAAGCGUUUGUCACCCUUUCUUGCAUCUUCCGGUACGGCAGAGAUGACAUGGAUGUGAUGGGAAUCGCCUUUCGCAGGGAGCUGUACCUGUCAACCCGCCAGGUGUACCCUCCUCUGCAGGACCGUGAUAAGGGAGUCCACACCAGGAUGCAGGCAAAACUGCUGCGCAAGCUGGGAGACAACGCCUACCCGUUCUUCUUUGAGUUUCCUGACAACCUGCCGUGCUCCGUGGCUCUCCAGCCGGCCCCCAGUGAUGUCGGCAAGCAAUGUGCUGUGGAGUUUGAGAUCAAAGUGUUCAGUGCUGAGAGCCAGGAUGCUAAAAUACGCAAACGGAGCACAGUGAAGCUGAUGCUCAGGAAGGUCCAGUACGCUCCGGAGGGCGAGGGAGUGGCGCCCACUGUUGAAACCACCAGGGACUUUGUCAUGUCAGAUAAACCACUACAUGUCAAGGCCAGUUUGGACAAAGAGAUCUACUACCAUGGUGAGGCCCUAAAAGUGCACGUCACCGUCACGAACAACUCCAGUAAAAACGUCAAGAACAUCAUCAUCUCUGUGGAUCAGGUCGCCAAUGUGGUGUUGUUCUCCAAUGACAGCUACGUCAAAUGUGUGGCCAUCGAGGAACCUGGCAGCACGUGUGUGUUAUCUGAAAGACCAGAGAUUCAGAAAAACACACCAAACCACAGAUUCAGACCCAUCGAUGAAGCUGCACAACAACACAAGAAGGAACUUCAGGAAACUCUGGAGCCCUUAAAGGAGAAGUUAAAGCCCUGCAACCCAGGCGUCUCCCCCGUAACUCCUGUGGGAACGCAGUCUGUCUCCCGGCAGCAGCACCAGCUUACACAGGCGCAAUCAGCUGUUCCGGCGUGUUAA